AUGUUUAUCGUCAUCCGGAAAGUCGUGGAGUUGGUAUCGCACAGUAUCGCCAUCAUCUGCACCAUCUUUAGGCUCAUGUACAGAGGCUGGAUGCGUCACUUAUGGUGGGAUGAUGCAUGGGCGGCACUUGCACUGAUUGCAGACGUUGUUUGCCUGGCAUGUAUUUGGGUCGACAGAGCGAUAAGUGCAUGGGCCCUCACCAUAUCUUUUACCACUGUUUUGUGGGCUGCGCGCAUGAGCGUCAUUUUUUCGAUCAUCCCUGUCGCCACUCACUCAACAUACAAGAUCCAUUCACAGAUUACCUAUCUCAUUGCAGUAUCCUUUGCGUGUAUGUGGGCCGCGCUGCUCGCCCAGAAGAUCACUAUUUGCGAAUUCCACUCUUGUCACAUGGGCAAGCCGGUGGCGCUCUCGCUUCUGAUAACGGACAUCAUCGCGGAUGUUUCCCUCGUUGCUGCGCCGCUUUAUCUCAUGAAAAACAUGCGACUUUCGCGCAGCAAAAAAUUAUUGGUCCAAUCUGCAUUUGGCGCAUCACUUCUAAUUACCGCCAUCACAAUCACUCACUCUAUACUCAUACUCCUCAACGUCUAUAACAAAAUCACGCUCAUGUUUGCGCAUCUCAAGGCCGCACUUAGUCUCAUCAUAUGCAAUCUCCUGGUGAUCGUGACCUUCUUAUACCGCAUAUGCUCAAAUGACACUGCAUUUGACUUGGACCAGUCGAUCGCUUCCAACGGAGUCUUUACGACUGUCAUAAUAACACCGAUGGGCAGUUGCACGAAUGCCCCGGCGUCGCUUUCUUUACAAGAGGGGAUGACAUCGAAACAGCUAAAGGUGCAGACUGGAAGGAAGGAGUCGCUUGAUGAAGAUGCAAGUGUGCAUUCCGCUGAAGAAGGCGAUGAGUAG